UUGACAUGCCAAUUAUUAAGUGCUAGCUAUCAUUUAGUUUUGGCUAUUCAUUAAUUUCCGGGAUCUGUCUACACAGGUUGUCCUGCAUGGUGCUGGUUAACUGCCAGCUCCAACAGUUCACAAUGAAAAUUAGCCCCACACUGCAAGAUAUUGUGGUGGGUCUUGGAGAAAUGCAGACCUUUAGUUUAUAGCUUUAUACCUUUUGAAGAGUUUAUUAGCUAAUACUAAAUGUAAUAAAUUCCCUGCGACUGUUCCUAUGUGCUGUUGUUGCGCUUUAUACUACACAUACUGCAUGUACUGCAUGGGCCUUCUCGUUCAGUGAGCAAUAGCUUUUAGAAAGCUGCAGUAGUCUUUCGUAGUAGUCUUAUGUUUCCUUCUCUGAAUUACACAGAAAGAAACUCUGAACAUUACGUAAGACACGGGGUCUAUGCUGCCCGCUGGUGGAUCAUAAAGUUCAGGGAUGAAGGAGGCAGUGGUAAUCUGUCUGAACAAGCAGACCAGAGAAGCUACAGAUGAAAGUGAGUGUGUGAGCGCACAACGACCUCCUCAGCUCAUAAAGGCCUGCAACACGGACCCCUGUCCACCCCGGUGGGAGGUAGAGGCUUGGAGCUCCUGCUCAGCAACAUGUGGGGUUGGUCUUCAGACGCGUGCUGUUACUUGUGUGCUGAAAGGAAAAGCGCACAGCAACCACACAGAGAAGGUCAAAGAUGAAAAGUGUCAGCUGGCCAAGCCCUCCUCUGUACAGGCUUGUAAUCGUUUUGAUUGCCCACCAAUGUGGGAUGCCAAAGAGUGGAAUGAGUGUUCUCGUGAAUGUGGAGGUGGCACACAGAAGAGGGAGGUUGUCUGUAAGCAGAGAAUGGCAGAUGGAAGUGUGCUGGAGUUACCCGAGACCUUCUGUCCCUCUCCAAGCUUGCCCACACUGCAAGUCUGUGGCCAAACAGACUGCCCUGCCCAGUGGGUCUUCACAGAUUGGACACAGUGUUCGGCAACCUGUGGAGAAGGGACCCAGAGGCUGCUUGUGGUGUGCAGGAGAAAGGAACAGAAUGGGCAGUACCGGACUCUGGUUCCAGAGGCCUGUGCUUCACUCACAAAGCCCUCUACUGCUCGAUCGUGCUCCGCCGGACCCUGUGAGAAGACUUUCAAGCCGGUAGCUGAUCCUGCCAUCUUGGCUCAAAGGAAGGUCUAUAUUCAGUGGAGAAAGGGUCCAAAACUGCACUUUGUAGUGGGUGGAUAUGCUUACUUACUGCCAUGGACAUCUAUUGUACUCCGUUGCCCGACCCGUCACUUUCGCAAGGGCCAUGUUCGCUGGCUAAAGGAUGGAAAGCCAUUGGCUCUUUUGCCUCAUGUUUCCAUAUCUCACAUGGGUUACAUCAAGAUACAGCAGGUUCGCGCCUCGGACAUAGGGAUGUACACUUGCGUUGUGGGUCAGGCACAGGAAAACUUUGUCCUGAAGCUUAUUGGUGGCAAGCAGAAGAUAUCUGUUCCAGAAGCUGACUUCUGGAUCACAGAUGGUGUUAAAAUCUCAGAAAAGACUCAUCAAAUUUCAUCUGUGUCUGAGGAGACAGCCAAAGAGUUGCUGUCUUUUAAUCGCUAUGAUGCUGUGGUGCAGCACUUGCUUGACCUAAAGAAUUUAGCCCUGGAGGGCUAUGUCUCCAAGGAACUGCUGGAUUCUGCUGAGAAGAAUAGGUCCAUUCUAGAAGAGGACGCGGUAUUGGAUCCUCAAAACCCACAGGUUCUGGUGGCAGACAUGCCAAAACUUGAUGAGGUCGCUCGGAAUUUGUCUGGUGGCCUCCAGGGCCCUGUGAAGGAUGAGCUUAUUACUCAACUUUUAGAAGAACUAACCAAGAACACUGGGGAGAAUAAUGAAUCCACCUUGGAACCCAAUGACAGACAGGAAUUCUCCACUCAGGGUUACAUUUCACAAAGAACUGGUUUACGAAUGCCAUCCCAUUCCACUAGACAAUGGCGUGGGCAUCUCCGAAGCCCUGUCAUAAUACAGAAACCCUUGAGAGGCUACAAGUUCCCUAAUGAAAUAGUGGCACAUGUUGGUAGUCUUGUUUUGGUCCCAAGGCAGGCCAUCAGGUUGGAGCUAAGAUGCCAAGCACAAGGCAACCCACAACCGGUGAUCGUUUGGACAAAGGGUGGCAUGGAGUUGACAAACAGCAGCAGAGUAGGCCUAAUGCCAGACGGCUCCAUGCACAUUGACGCUCCAAGGGAGACAGACUCUGGACUCUACACAUGCAGAGCUACAAAUCAUCUGGGCUCCACUUCACUGUCAUCUCAAGUGCAAAUAACAGGAAGUGGCUGCAUAAGUGGUGCUGAUGAAAACAACUCUUCUUUAUGCCCAGACAACUUGCUGUCAUCUCACUCCUGCCAUGGACUACACUGCCGCCACAGAUGGCAGGUGUCAUCCUGGUCGUCCUGCUCUGUGAGCUGUGGUGGUGGGAUACAGAGUCGCAGUGUGACUUGUUUAGGUGUUGCAGAGGGAGCAGAGGCAUGUCUGGGUGCUGGUAGGAGACCAGCAGAAACCCGGCCCUGUAACACUCAGCUGUGUGUCAGCUGGGCAACAACAUCAUGGGGCCCUUGUAAUGGGCAGUGUGUUGGACCGAAGCAGGCACUGCAGCACAGACAUGUGUUCUGCCAGGACAAGAACAGCACCAGAGUAGGACAUCGAAUGUGCAGCAGUCAACCAAGGCCCAUCUCUCAUCAAAACUGCACCUCAGAGGCCUGUGCUCUGCACUGGCGAGUUGGCCCAUGGACACAGUGCACAGCCACUUGUGGUCGCCAUGGUUUCCAGUCACGUCACAUAACGUGUGUGCACCGCCGCAGCGGUAAACCAGCUCGAGAGUUCCACUGUGCAUGGAGGCCUCGGCCUGCGAGCUGGCAGCGCUGCAACAUUCUGUCCUGUGGGAGAGGUGAAUGUCAGGACAGCACCAGGUACUGCGAGAAAGUCAGACAGCUAGAAUUGUGUCCUCUACCCCAGUUUAAAGCACGCUGCUGCCGGUCCUGCAGAGACACCUGAGACUCUAUUAGGACUAAAGGACAGAGACUAAUCCAGAGACUAAAGAACUCCUCUGCACAGCCCAACAUAUGACUUGUCUCCAAGGGCCAGGAUCUGUGAAGGGUUACGGUCACUGAGAUUGGAGGAUGUCAGAGACUGGCAAGUGAUUAAAUCCAUUAAUCAGCCCCAUGAACAGAACACAUGGGCACUAGACUGGACGCAAAUUAUUAAUAAUGAACAUUGACCUUAAUUUGACUUCAUUGAAGGCUUUGAUUUAAGUAUGUCUUUGUAUUCCUCUUUCUUUGUUUUUGCAUUGACUGCCUUUCUGAUGGUCCAGAGAGAUAUAAGAUGUGUUGAAAUUCACUGGAUUGCACUCCAUCCCCAUUAACUCCAAAGUGUCCUCUAGUCAGAAAGGAAUGUCCACGAAGGUUUUCUGGAGUCUAGGACUUUAUAAUCAUGUUAAAAAAACAUGGUUUCAGCAAACUUCUAGAUUUUGGUGGGAAACUACUUUCCUCUACAUUUGCUGCAUUAAUGGUUAGGUUAUGAUGCAUUAAGACAUCAGUGUCAAGAUUUGUAGUCAUCUUAUCUUUAGUCUUAUUGCAGAAGAAAUGGCCAAGUAUUCAAAAUUUUCAAAACUUAAUAGUGGAUGGGAACCCUUAUAGUUUUGCACUCAAGAUUUCCAGGUCCAUGUUCAAAUGUGGCUUGAUUUGUAUUAUUUUUAUUGUUUGGUUGUAUUUUUGUUGUGGUUUAUCUGUAUGUCCUCAGUUUUUUUAACCACUUAUCAAGAUAUUACUUAGAAUUGCUCUUCCUCAACUAAAUAUUACUGUUAGAUAAUAUGUGAAGUCAAGCAUGUAACUAAAAUGUGUUUUAUUUCGUCCACAAGUCUUUGAAGAAGAGGAAAUGAAAAGACUUCCUACACAUAUAGGAAAAGAAUUUCCCAUUUCCAGGAAACCCCCAGAUGAUGCAACGUCUUUCAAUUGCAUUAGAGAUACUAAAUGUCACCUUGAGUACAUUCAGUAUAUUCCUUGGAAAUCCUGAGCUCAUGACAUGGACAACACAAAAUGAAAAUAAGUCUAAUGAAACCUGAAAUUUAAAUGGGGCCAUACCUUUAUUUUUACAUGUAAUUUCCCCUGAAAAAGUCUGCUUAGAUUUAUGUGGUUUUAUGUACCAAAGACAGCCAUAAUUGAUUUUUGCAUGACCAAUUUCUGACUGAAAUACUCUCUAUAACUUCAGCAUUAAUGGGUGAAGCUAAGUCGCUUUAGUCUGAUUGGAAGAAUAUAUGUAAAGGAAUUGAAAAAAAAGAAAGAAAUUAAAACACACUGUUUUUGUUUAGUUUCUGUGUAUAGAUGGAAGGGGGAGUUAACGACACAUUUCAACACUGUUAAUAUCUGGUCGUUUCAUGUGUAUCAGGAUUGUAUCCAGAUUGUCUCCGGAUAUGGAAUAUACACAUACAAAUGCAGGUGUAAUCAUAUUUAAGAUACAUUUAAAUCAGAUUUGAAUCUGUUUACUCAAAACACACCAGGAAGAGACAAAUGCUAGCUAGAUGUUAUACAAAUAUAAAUGCAUCCUUCUUUCCAAGACACCUCCAGCAACCAAAGCCCCUCCCAGUAUUGUGAUGGUGCCUUCCCCUGUUGUCCUUAUGGAGGAAAAAAUGCCCACUUAAAUGCCACUUGACUUGACUCAGAGGAGUUUCGUCUCUGAAUUUAAUUCAGUAGCUGUUAUUGGCUCAAGUUAAUCAAAAUAAAGUGGCAGUUAGUUUAGUUUUUACUUCACUAUGUUGUUCUUCAUCGCCUCAUUAAAAUAUGUAACAAUUUAUGGCUCAUGAUUGUGAUGGCUGACAUAGGAAGCUAAUUAUUGUAAACAGUCACUGACUUGUCAACAUUGGUGUAAAGUCAGUGUAAAUAGUGAAACAGCAUAAAAAAGUGAUUGUCGAGGUGACAAGCAUUUUUUUUUAAACAGAACAGCAAAAGGCAGGUGAUUGGCUGUUGUAUCUGAGGUGAUUUUCAUAUUACAUGCCACAUUUCAAUCUGAUUAACUGGAGAUGCAAAUGCAUGAAAAUAACUGGUGUAAAGGGGCUCUUUGAAACUCUUUGAAAUGUUUGCACGCUACAUCAAACUAAUCUGAGCAUUUAAAAAAAGAAAUAUGUUUUUCCAUGAUAUGGACCCCACUGAAAAUACUGCUGAAAACACUACUUGCUGGGAGGAGCACGUUUUUUUUUUGUUUUUUAUGGGGUUUUUUUUACAUUGCUAGCUGUCUUCUAGAACUAUUUAUUGCUUUUUUUCAUUGUGCAAUUGGUCUGUAAAUGAACAUUGUGAUAUUGUUUAUGCACUUUUUCUUCUUUUGGUCUGUUCAAAUUGUAGAAAAUUCAGUGCAUGCAAAUGUCCCAGCCUAGACUUUCUGUGCCAGCUCUCAUUGUUAGUAACAGGUCGCCUGUCAAAUAAUAAAGUGCAUUAAAUUCUUUCA